GAUCAUCAAAAUGGCGCAAUAACUUUUGUUUUGCCUUCUGCAGUUCUGAAGGACCUGGUUUUAUAACCCAGUUUAACUGUAGUGCUGGAACCGGAUUCUUCCGACCUGACCGGACACCUUAAAAGAUGUCCCGGGUUCUGAUCGUUGGAGCAGGCUUGACAGGCAGCUUGUGCGCAUGUCUGUUGAAGAGAGUGCUGCAGAGUAAAGCUCAGCUGGUGGUGUGGGACAAGGCAAGGGGUGCAGGGGGUAGGAUGUCUACCAGCCGUCCUCCUGACCCUACAUCUCAUUCUGCUGACCUUGGAGCCCAGUACAUUACAGCCACUGCUGCAUAUGCUCAGUCCCACAGCAAUUUUUAUACAGAGUUGCUAUCAGCUGGCCUACUUAAGCCACUGGACUGUCACAUUGAAGGUCUGCAGCACAAAGAGGGCAACAAGAAUUAUGUAACACCACUGGGGACAAGCAGUGUGGUGAAACACUUCCUGUCUGAGUCAGGAGCUGAUUUGUACCUCGAAUAUCAUGUGACUGGCCUACACCGCUGUGGAGCAUCAUGGAAAGUGGAGAGGAAGGGAGGCAGUGAGAAAUUUGACGCUGUUGUCUUGACAAUUCCUGUGCCUCAGAUCCUUCAGCUGCAGGGAGACCUGGGGACCUUACUGUCUGUCCAGCAAAGAGAGCAGUUGGAGGGUGUCAGGUACUCAUCCCGCUUCGCUAUUGCACUCUUCUUCUCUCCGGACGUUGUCUUCAGUUUUUCCUGGGGAGCGCGGUACGUCACUGACAGCCACUGCAUCCGCUACAUCGCUGUGGACAACAAGAAACGCAGCUCAGAUGCUCCAGGUCUCGGUCCAUCUCUUGUCGUCCACACCAGCGUUCCGUUUGGUCUGGCGCACUUGGAGAAUGAUAAGGAUGCCAUCCAGCCAGUCAUCUUACAGGAGCUCCACAGGCUGCUCCCUGACCUACCUCAGCCAGUCAGCAUCAAGUUUCAGAAGUGGAGAUACUCCCAGGUGCUGACCUCAGUGCCCAAUUGUCCAGGCCACAUGACUAUCUCGGAGCAGCCGCUGCUCAUAUGUGGAGGAGAUGCUUUCACCCACUCCAACUUUGACGGCUGUGUGGAAUCUGCACUGAGUGUGUGCAAAGCCCUUCAGCUCUCACUAGAUGUCCAGCAGAACAUUUGCCUCUAAUUUGCACACUUAUCCAUAUAUUAACCUAUUGACUGGGGUCAUUUACCUAAAUGCAUCAAGUGAUUCAAAGAUAAAACCAAAUAUGUCUUUGUUUUUCUAAGAAUAAAUGAUUAUUAAAAACUUCUUUCCACACCUUCCACACACCGAGCUGCCACAAGUAAAGAUCUUACAUCUUCAGUUUGGAUUGAAAGCAGGAGCUCAUCUCUUUCCUCAGCAAACUUGUAAUGCUUGCACUUAAAAAUUUAAAGGAGAAAUGAUAAUAUUUGAAAGAAAGCAAAAGCUUUGAAACAAUUUCCCGUGCAUUGUUUGUAUGUACAUUAUGUAGCUGCAUCUCAUAUUCUGGUGUUUUCCACUAGAGGUAGAAAAAGCAACUUUGGUCAUGCUCCCAGGACAGAUGGUGUCACACUGUUCUGUGUUACAAGUGUCAGGAAGUCAUGAAAUGCUUACAAAAGAAUAAUACUUUGUUUUUGUCAAUUUAAUGGUUUUCCAACUGGGCAAAACUGCUGCUGAUUCAUCUGUUCAAACACUUUCUUGUAAAGUCAACUCAGAGUAAAUGGCUCAAACAG